CUGAGCGGCCUUCCUUCCUGGCGCGCACGUUCAGGCGCUUCUCUUCGGCGGUUCGGCCUUCCCAUAACGGCUUUUAACUAAUUCCCCGAUCCAGCUAGCCUGACCUCCCACCCUCCCCUUCCCCCCCUCUUGAAUCCGCUCAAGUUCCCGAUCUCCCACCUUCCUCGUCCUCCAGCUUGCUCGAUCGCGUUCGCGGACCCCCACUCCGUGCUCCGGAAAAUAAGUAGCCGGCGGUUUCCUCGCCCCAGGUUUUGCGGUUGCUGGGGGUGGGGAGUGGGAAUUCGUUCGUUCGGCUCCGGUCGCGGUCGGUCUGGCCAAUGCUCCUGCGGUUUCUUGGAGAGGCCGCUGAGAUUGGGAUCCAAGCCGCGUUAGGCGAGCAGCAGCAGCAGCAGUAGCCGCAUCGAGAUUCGCCGUCCUUGUCCGAGGGAUUCUCCGUUUUCUUGGGCGGCGAAUUCGGUUGCGCCGGGGGAAAAAAAUAAGAAUUCUUUCGUCGGAUUGGCCCAAGUCCCUCGUUGAUCCGUUACAAAGCUCCCCCACUGUAUGCAGUAGUAGCCUUUUUUCCACGCGUUUCUUUCCUCGCCCCAGAUCCGCCUCUUUGGGGGCAAUUGGCGGCGGAUCGGGGGCGGAGGGAUUUGGAGGCCUGAGCUCCGAUGGAGGUGCACGCCGACGUCGAUGGGUCCGGUGUGCCCCUGGCCGUGCUCCUCAAGCGGGAGCUGUGGAACCAGAAGGUGGAGAGGCCGGACAUCCUGUUCGGGGAGGCCAACAAGAGCAAGAAAGGGGAGGACUUCACGCUCCUCAUGCCCAGGUGCCACCGCACCACGGGCGGCGGCGGCGGCGAGAAUGCAGGCGACGACGACGCCAUUUCCGUGUUUGCGAUUUUUGAUGGACACAAUGGCUCUACAGCUGCCAUAUACACCCGGGAGAAUCUAAUAAACAAUGUGUUGGCUGCUAUACCUCCAAAUCUCACAAGUGAGGAGUGGACAGCUGCGUUGCCAAGGGCACUAGUUGCUGGUUUUGUAAAAACAGACAAAGACUUCCAAACAAAAGCUGCACGUUCAGGGACCACUGUGACAUUUGUUAUAAUAGAUGGAUGGGUUGUCACUGUAGCAUCAGUUGGUGAUUCGCGAUGUAUUCUAGAAUCUGCUGAGGGUUCAGUAUAUUUUUUAUCAGCAGAUCAUCGCCUGGAUGCUAAUGAAGAGGAGGUGGAGCGUGUAACAGCAAGUGGAGGUGAAGUUGGGAGAAUAAAUAUUGCUGGGGGUGCUGGGAUUGGUCCACUCAGAUGCUGGCCAGGUGGAUUGUGUCUAUCAAGGUCAAUAGGUGAUAUCGACGUCGGGGAAUUUAUAGUUCCUGUCCCACAUGUGAAGCAAGUAAAGUUGUCCAAUGCUGGUGGCCGGCUUGUCAUUGCCAGUGAUGGGGUGUGGGAUGCACUGCGCUUUCAAGAGGCUCUGAACUACACCAGGGGUCUGCCAGCUGAAGCUGCUGCUAAUCGAAUUGUUAAGGAAGCUGUCACUUCAAAGGGAUUAAGAGAUGAUACUACUUGCAUAGUAGUUGACAUACUACCUGCAGAAAAGUUAAGCCCCCCACUAAAGAGGCCUGGAAAAGGAGUCAUCAAAGCUCUGUUCCGUCGGAGGCCCUCUGAUGAAAUGUCUGAAGACCAGAUGGACAGAGGAUGUUUGGAACCUGAUGUUGUGGAGGAAAUAUACGAGGAGGGCUCUGCAAUGCUUGCUCGAAGGUUGAAUAUAAAUUAUCCAGCAGGAAAUAUGUUCAAGCUGCAUGAUUGUGCUGUCUGCCAAUUGGAGAUGAAACCUGGUGAGGGCACCUCUGUUCAUGGUAACGUGCCCAAGCAUUCAAGAGUUGACCCCUGGGGUGGUCCUUUUCUCUGUUCCUCCUGUCAAGUGAAAAAGGAGGCCAUGGAAGGGAAGCUACAUUCAAGAAAUUCCCAAUCUGCUGUCCAACCUGUGCCUAAGUAGGCCUUGUCUGACGGUUUCUAUACACUGGUUCAUACACAGUAACUAUCACUAACAACAGCAUUAGCAAAUAAAGUAAACUCGUCAAGAAUUUUCACCUACUUCAUUCUUAUCAAAUGGUGAUCGGUACAGAUUAUAGAGAUUUAUGGUGUCAUUUAUAUGAUGCACUACAGUUGUUCUGUAGAAGGUUGAGGUCUGAGCUUAUCAAGUCUAUAUUCAGAGAGACCACAACUGACCUCUAGGUUCAAAUGAACUGGUAGCCUUAAGGUGUGCUGCCUUCUGUAGUUCUGUCAUUGAUUAUCAAGUCUGCACGACUUGUCUAUUUGUGAAUACCAGUCGUUGGUUGAAACCCAUUUAGUCCGAACGUAGUUUUUUUUUGGUUCACAUGUCAUGCUGCUUGAUGAGUGACCAUAAAGACUAUGCUUUUUCCAGUCUCUAAGUCACACAAUGCUUCCUCCCUUGUUAAUCCUCUCACCAUUUGGAUUUUCCUUUCUUUUUUAUUCUUUAUUACCAUGUGUAUAGUCAUGAGGCACAUCAGUACAUCACAUUGACUACCCCUUUUUUUUGUAUUUACACCAUAAUUCUGCAGUUGUACCAUUGUACUACAAUUUUCUAACAAAUAUUUAUUCCUUUUGUUUUUUUGAGCUUUUGCUUCUAUGUA